AGGUGGAGGAGGAGGAGGAGGUGGGGGACACAUUAGAUUCUUGGACAAGUCUCUCUGUCCCAUUGUCAGGUAGUUGCGAAUCUGUCCAAAGCACUAGCAGACAUGGACAUGGCAGACUACAGCGAGGCUCUGGACCCAGCCUACACCACGCUGGAGUUCGAAAACAUGCAAGUGCUCCCACUGGGCACAGACUCCUCACCAGCAGAGAGUGCCAACAUGAACGCCGUCGGUCACCUGGCGGCGGGCAGCCUGUGUGCUAUAUGUGGAGACAGGGCCACGGGCAAACACUACGGCGCCUCCAGCUGUGACGGCUGCAAGGGCUUCUUCAGACGCAGCGUCCGCAAAAACCACAUGUACUCGUGCAGGUUCAACAGACAGUGCAUUGUGGACAAAGACAAACGUAACCAAUGCAGGUACUGCAGACUGAAGAAGUGCUUCAGAGCUGGCAUGAAGAAAGAAGCUGUACAGAAUGAGAGAGACAGAAUCAGCACCAGGAGGUCCAGCUAUGAAGACAGCAGUUUACCAUCCAUCAAUGCACUCAUCCAGGCAGACAUGCUGUCAAGACAGAUCACGUCCCCGGCUCCUCUACUGAACGGCGACAUCAGGACCAAAAAGAUCGCCGCCAUCACAGACGUGUGUGAGUCCAUGAAACAGCAGCUGUUGGUCUUAGUAGAGUGGGCCAAAUACAUCCCAGCCUUCUCUGACCUGCCCCUGGAUGACCAGGUGGCGCUGCUGCGAGCUCACGCUGGAGAACAUCUGCUGCUCGGUGUCGCAAAGAGGUCCAUGCUGUACAAAGACAUCCUCUUAUUAGGAAAUGAUCACAUUAUUCCCAGAAACUGUCCAGAGCUGGAGGUGGGCAGAGUGUCAGUCAGGAUCCUGGACGAGCUGGUGCUGCCCUUCCAGGAGCUUCAGAUAGAUGACAAUGAAUAUGCCUGUUUGAAAGCCAUAGUGUUCUUUGACCCAGAUGCCAAAGGUUUGAGCGACCCGGGGAAAAUCAAGCGGAUGCGAUACCAGGUCCAAGUUAGCUUGGAGGACUACAUCAACGACAGACAGUACGACUCGCGAGGUCGCUUCGGCGAGCUGCUCCUGCUGCUGCCAACGCUGCAGAGCAUCACGUGGCAGAUGAUCGAACAGAUCCAGUUUGUGAAACUCUUCGGCAUGGCCAAGAUCGACAACCUGCUGCAGGAGAUGCUCCUUGGAGGUUCUGCUAACGAGGCUCCUCAUGCACCUCACUCUCUCCACCCUCACCUGGUUCAAGAGCACCUCAGCAGCAAUGUCAUAGUGACGAGCAACAUGCCAACGCCCAUCCAUAAUGGUCAAAUCUCCACUCCUGAAACCCCCAUCCCGUCUCCACCGACUGCCUCUGGCUCAGAACAUUACAAACUGGCUCAGGGCGUCAUAGCCACGGCACCGAAGCAGCCAACAUCAAUUGCUCUGCCCACCAUUACAAAACAGGAGGCUAUGUAACAGUCCUGUCUAUACUUAUUUUUAGUUGUUUUUUUUUACUCUCUUAAACCCUGAUCUUUGUAUGUACGGUUAUACAAAAUCAGCAAUGAAGCUGUUAACUUGACUGAAAUAAUGUAGCUUAAAAAAAAAAAAUAUAAUUAUAGUGGUGUUUUAUUGCCAAAAGAAAAAACAUUCAAAGUUUUCGUGGUCCACAAAUCUACAGUCUGGGUCUACGACUCAGAGAAAACCUCCCAGGAUAACUGUCUUACUUUUCUAUAUAAGACGGACUCUUAGAAAAACAUACAUUGUUAUAUACUGUAUAGUAGUAAUACUGGACAACAUCACCUGCUUCAGCGUCAAUUCAGAGUGUGCAGUCUGAAGGCCUGUGUUAGAUUUGGUCGCCUUAUCAUGUCACUACUUUUGGAAUGUUACAACAGGAUGUACACCAUCACAGAGUUGGUGUGGCACAGUAUUUUUCUUUUUCUUUUUUGCUUAACGAUGUCAUUAGAAUGUGUCCAUCUUCUUUGGGGGUCUUGUAAAAAUGUUCUAAGACAAAACUUAAAUAGGUGUGGUUUCUUUUAUACGUUGGAGAGUGCUUCUUUACACGAGGAAAUCUUAGUUUGUAUGAACUCUGUGGUGCCAUUUUGGAAAAUUCCAUGAUGACACACUAAGAAAGUUUCCCAAUAAUGUGUUGGUGUUUUUUAAAAUAUAUAUAUAUAUAUUUGUUUAGUACUUUGUGGUUUCACUGAUAAGAUAAAUUGUGCCUUGUAACCUGUACUGCCUUUCGGAAACAGCCAUUUGUUUCGCCUUAAUAUGUGAAGAUGAAAUAAUAAAUCUCAACAUUAUUUUUA